AUGUGGCUGUCUUGAUGGACUGAACUGCCAGAGAGAAUCCAAUGGCCUCGGUGGAGCUGCUUUACAUAGACAAAGAGAGAAGGCCUGACGAUCCACCGGAUGUUCCAGCCUGGGCUGCACCUGUUCAGGUCCAUGGGAUAGAUGAUCCGGAUGAAGAAACGACGCAGGAUGGACAUGUAUGCAGUUCGCAUGGGAAAGUGGGUGGCACCGAGGUUCAGUGUCAUUCAGCAGCAAAGGUGACCACCGGCAAAGGAAUAUCAGGCAAGCCCCUUCAUCAGGAGAGGUUCAGAGUGUGUUGUGAUGAAGAGCUGGAGACCUCUUUCACCUACGUUGAUGAAAAUGUCAAUCUGAGACUGGCCACUCCAGACGUGAGCGAGAAAAGCCUCCAUGAUGUGACGCCUUGCCCUGAAUCCCCUAACGAGAACCGCCUUGAAUUUUCCUUAAUGUCCGACCUGACGUCUGAGAGCUCAGGAAAGCCGAUAGAUUAUGGAUUUAUCAGCGCUGUUACAUUUCUAGUGACAGGAAUAACUUUAGUGAUCAUAUCUUAUUCUGUCCCUCGUGACUCAAGAGUAAACCCAGACACCAUCUCGGCGCGAGAGAUGGAAAGACUUGAAAGCGAGAGUGCAAGGCUCGGCGCACACCUGGAUCGGUGUGUUAUUGCUGGGCUGUGCCUUCUCACGUUAGGUGGUGUAGUGCUUUCCACUCUGUUGAUGAUUUCAAUGUGGAAAGGGGAGAUGUACAGGAGAAAGGCCUUCUCAUAUUCCAGGCACUCAGCGAAGCUGUACGGCUCAACUAAUUUGAGAACAAAAUCAAGCUCUGCUCAGUCAUCAGCACACAAUGUAGUUGAGGAAGUUUCUGGUGGUAAUCUUAGUUAAUUUUCAUUCUUUUUCUUUUAUUUUUUUUUAAAUGUGCAAAAUCAGACUUCACAACAUACCCCAAAAGUGUGUUGUUGAUAGGCAUUUUCCACUGGACACUGUAGUACUGAAAGCCUUGUUACUCAUAUUUUAUUAAAAUCUAACUAGAACCCGC